AUGCCUACUGCCUUAGGAUUGGCUGGCUUGGCUCUAGCCACUGUUCCGGCCAUUGACUUGGCUCAGCUGCAAAACGCAGUAAAGCUCGAGGCCCUCUUAGCUAAAGCUCAACGCCUGCAAGACAUAGCUUACGCCACCGAGGGUCGCAAUCGGCAAUAUCUCUCGCCCGGGUUCGCCAACACCAUCUCGUGGAUCAAGGAUACCAUAGAAGCCACUGCCCCAGGCUACUACAAGAUCGAAGUGCAACCGACCACCUUCCAAGUGCCCUCCGCUGACAAUCCAUUUACCGUUGGCGGGACGACCUACAACGCACAAGGCUUUGAGACAGACGAGGGCAUCCCAGUGGGCUCGUGGACUGGCGUACCCGUCGUGGCUGUGGCUAAUCUCGGUUGCGAGGCGACUGACUUUCCGGAUGCCACUGGUGCAAUUGCUGUCAUCCUCCGGGGCACAUGCAACUUCUCUGUCAAGUCGUCGCUAGCUGCUGCGGCUGGGGCUGUCGCCGUCAUCAUAAUUGACUAUGAGACGAGCACUGAGCCCAUCUCUGGUGACCUUGGGCCUCCAGAGGGAUUGGUUCCAACAGCUGCAAUUCUCUACCAGGAUGGACAGGCGGUAUUGUCUCUUAUUGAGUCGACACCAGACGUCACGGCCGACCUUUCCAUCACUGUGACUGAGACCCAAAGCGAGCAGCUGAUUGCCACGACGAAGUGUGGCGAUCAGAACAACAUUCUCAUGCUUGGUGGCCAUGCCGAUAGUGUGACAGCCGGCCCUGGCAUCAACGACAAUGGCAGUGGUUCUGUCGGCAUUCUCGAGAUUGCCUUGCAGCUCAGCAAGUUCGAGCCAGCCAAUGCCGUCCGUUUCGCGUGGUGGAGUGGCGAAGAGUACGGUCUGCUCGGUUCGUACUACUAUGCGAAUAAUCUCACUCCCGAGGAGGCAGCCAAGAUCCGGCUCUACCUCAACUUUGACAUGAUCGCGAGCCCCAACUACAUUACAGGCAUCUACGACGGAGACGGCAGCGCCUUCAAUUUGACCGGCCCGGCAGGUUCGGCCGAGGCCGAGAAGCUGUUUGAAGACUAUUUCACUUCUCAGUCCUUGCCCUUCCAGCCCACAGAGUUCAGUGGUCGUAGCGACUAUGCGGGCUUCAUCGACAUUGGGAUUCCGGCCGGCGGUCUGUUCAGCGGCGCCGAGGUCCUAAAGACUGAGGAAGAGGCUGCCUUGUACGGUGGCGCGGCAGGCGUGGCGUAUGACGAGAACUACCACGAGGCUGGCGACGACUUUGACAACCUCAACCACGAGUGCUUUAUCCAGAUGAGCCGUGCCAUCGCGCAUGCCACCGCCAAAUAUGCAUCGAGCUGGGAAGGGUUUCCCGACCGGGGAUACCCAAUCAGGAGGCGCGAGGCCUCGAUUCGCAAGAGACGGGCGCCGCAUCAGCACGCUGGGGGGGCUUGUGGAGGUGUUAGAGCUGUGGUAUAGUUUUAUGUAGAAGUACCGCGCCAGAAUACGAAUGAGAAUAAGAAAAAUACAAG